AAUCACAACGUGCACCUUUACGAGAAUGACGCGGCGGACCACGUAGUUUUUCCGUCUUAUAGUAUGAAUACGAGGUUUCUGUUGUAAGGCGAAACGGUCUAAAUGUGGAACAAUCAUGAUUAGUUAGUGUAAUUGUUGGCUUUUAGGGCACAUAAAUAGUGUAUAGUAAAAGCCGGAUUGAAGAAGCAAUUAUGAGAUCAUGGUAACUUCAAGUCACGAAAGUCAUGUAAAUAUGUUUGGCAUAUGCAUCUCCUAUAUAUAAACGCAACCCUGUCUCGAUCUUUCUCCAACUCUUUACAAAAAUGGAUAAUUCAUACAACGUUCCCUCUGAUGAUCAAAACCCUGUUGCACUAGGACCUCCUGCUUCUUCUUCUUUUUCGUAUUUGACAAGAGAUCAAGAGCAUCAGAUCAUGGUCUCUGCCCUGCGACAAGUGAUAUCUAGCGUUGGGAGUGACACGUCAUCACCAAACGGGAUCACCAGCGGAGCUGAUCUUCCCCUUCCGGAUGCUGGUCCCUGUCCUCUCUGCGGCAUCACUGGUUGCUGCGGCUGCGCUUUCCAACAGAGGGACGAAGAGACAAAAAAGGACAAGAAAUACAAAGGAGUAAGGCAAAAGCCAUCAGGUAAAUGGUCGGCGGAGAUAUGGGAUCCAAGUUUGAAAGUAAGGAGAUGGCUUGGAAUGUUUCCAACGGCGGAGAUGGCGGCGCGUGCAUAUGACGAGGCUGCGGCUGAGUUUAUCGGGAGAAUAUCAGCGAGACGUGGCCAAAUGAACGGACAUGUAAUUAAGCGUUGGCGGAGAUGACUGAGAAAGGAGUGCAUUACACCAUUAGACAUUUUCUUGUGUUUCCUUACACUAAAAGACACAAGUUGAUGGAAGAGCACUUUUCCACAAGCCGAGGUGUAUUCUGGACCAAAAUAUCCUUCUUCUUUGUUGAUGGGUAUUUUGUGUUCUGGUUGAAAUAAUGUUUAGUUAGUAGACAAUUUAGUUUAUACGAGUUAUUAUAGAAAAGUGAGUUUUUUUAUUUUACUCUAUUUUCAACAUCUUUUAUUCUUCUUUAUUUCAUAUAUCUAAUAUAUAAAUACAUAUAUAUGUAUGUAUAUAAAAUAAAAUAUAUGUGUGUUUCUUUUUAUUUUGAAAUCCAUAUUAAUAUAUUUUGAUAAUUUAUUUAUUUUUAGUUUAUGACCACAUCAAAAUGAAUAACAUAAUAUAUGAAUUGUGGAUAUGUAUUUUAUUAGCACUUGUGGAUAAGCUUUAACAAACAAACUGUGGACAGAGCAAUGUGGAUGGCUAAACAUAUUUGAUUAUAUGCAAUCAAACUUGUGUAUACAACUUUCUUACAAUCAUGUAUUUUUCUGCUUGUUUUUAUUUAAACCAACUUUCUUACAAUCAAUUUUCUUCGUUUUUAUCUUAAAAGUGGUUUUGUGGAUGAAGAUUCGACAUACUAUGGAUAAGAUCUUGUGGACGAGGUCUUGUGGACACAACAAAAGGAUAUCAAUUAGAAUCAUGUCCACGAAGACAAUAGACAUGUAAAAUUGAAAAGCCGAUGAAGUUAGUGUCCACCAAAACUUAGUAACACAAAAAGAUUAAAACUUUGGCAAAGAUUAAAGCUUACUUCCCGAUGAAAUCACAUGCUUCACGAUUUCAUGAAAGAUCAAGAACUCGUCGCUUAAUCCGCUGCCGCCGUCAAAGAAACUCUUGUUGGUGGAUAUUUAAGAGAGAGUGGAGUUGACACGGAAAAUCGAUCGAGAGAGGAGACAGAAGAUAUUUUAGCGUAGGAUUAAGGUUAGUGAUAAGGGUUCUUGUUCUUCAUCAGGUAGAAUAGAAACAAGAGAUAAUGGAAUUAGGGUUAGUGAUUUGGGAACACAAUUGGGAAAGUGGGCUUUUUCAAUUUAAUUUUUAAAAUUUAAAACAUUA